AUGCUUGCGUCUUCGUUGCGCUCCCUGAUGGCGAACUACCACGCCACCGGCGGCGUCGUGCAGGAUGCGGAGCUGCUGGCGCUGAGUGACGGCCUGCUCGAGGAUGCACGGCGCAGCCCUGUCUCGUGUGCCUUCGCAGCGAGCCUUGCAAUACGCACAGCGGGGGAGGGGCCCGAGAGGCUGGAGCGGAUCGUCCUGCUGUCAGACCUACAGCUCGGGGUGGAGCAGCCGUACGUCCUCUGGAUUCUGGACCUCCAGCCGGAGAGCAGCGAAUGCGUCCUCAACUGGCCUACAACAAGGCUGCUGCUGUGCCUUGUGUGCGCGCAUUUACUCGACGCCACCACAUUCGGAGCAGCCCUUGCGGAGCUCUGUGUCAUCGGGGGCGUAGGCACUGUGCGGGACGUCUUGACCGCUCCCCUGGGCACUGACGCAGCUCCGUUUCUGAGCGUUUAUGCGUGUGGUACAGCGCUGCUGUGCAUGCUGCUGGGCUUUGGCAAGGGCUGCGGAGAGCCUUUCAGCGCUUGCCUUCCGCUGCUGGAGAUUCUGCGGGCUGACGCAUGCGCGUUCGCAGCCCAUCGAGCCGCUUCGUCGGCCAAUCCGUGGCUGCCCCCCGCUGACCCGGCGGCCUUCCCCAGGCUUCUUACAGCGAGCGACACUUUCCAGGUGCUUCUCACAUGCAGGCGGGCGCGCAAGUUGGCCGACGCCGACUCUCUGAUGUGCAGGCUUUCUGAUGUGCAGGCCGUAACCGACAGGAUUAACGGUGUGGCUGCGGCGGAGCUACGUAACGCAACGGUAUUGGUGGGGCUUUUUUCUGCAUGUAUCGCCCCGGACAGCCUGGCUGCUCUGGUUGCAAACAGGGGCUCGCACUUUUGCCACUUGGCAGCGGGCCUUGGUCUGCCUAACCAGGUGGAGGGGCAACGGCUCGGCAGCGUGUCUGAAGUAUCUAAGAGUAUACUAGAUACAUUGUAUGCCCACGAUACACUGAGAAAACUGUCUGCAUUUACGAAUAGAAUUUAUAUGAAGGCAUACAAGCGUUUCGUACUUAUUCACGUUGUGUUUGCCUACUUUGAUGAUUGGCUGCAUGCGGAUUAUGGCAGAGUGUGUGCCGAACUUGUCAGUUCCUACAGCUCGUCUCCUUCGUCCUUACAGCACAAUAUCUCUCUUUGUGCAGAAGCUAGUGGCCUUGCUGCUUUAUCUUCACUUAAUGUGACUUGCUAUCUAGCUGUAUGUGUGCAUGCUCUAGAUUACACAUGGCGAUCCCUCAAAUCUGAUCCCUCUCCUGUGCCAAGUGCCGUUUCUCAAAAUAAUACACAUGUAACUGAUAUCAUAGCUCACAUAACACAUGCAAGCAAGCAUCACUCUAAGCAUCUGCACUUGAUGCUAAGAGACGCACGGAUGGACACUUCGCAGCAUGCCCUUCUUAGGCAGGCUGUCAAUGCUUAUUGCAGGCUGAUGCAAGUCUUGACGGAGUUCCUUUCAAAUCCAGUGGGCACUUCGGCAGUACUAAUGGAUGAGCUGUGCUCAGAAUUACUCAGCGUAAGGUUAUUGCACACAAUUCUUUCCGGCAUCCAAUUACUUUAUGUUUUGCACUGUCUAGAAGAUAAAUCAUCUGCACCAAUCCCCGUCAAUUCAGAAGAAUGCUACACUCAGGACUCUUCUUCAAUAUCGGAAACAUAUACAAUGGUUCCCCUUGCCACUCAAUUAUUGCUCUUAUUGUUUCGCCGACACCUGCACCUAAGUAAUAUGGUUGGUCUUCAACAGCAUGAGUCGAGCAUGACGAGUAAGCUAUUUGCCUCCUGCUUUGCAUUUUUAUUUUCAUUAGAUACUAUUUUCUCUGCUAGCCACGAUGGUUACAUGGUUAUCGAUUUUAGCGAGGAGCACAAAGACCUUUUGCGCUCAUUUUUACCCGCAACUGCAACUGAGGAAUUUCUGAUUUCACUGCUUCCAUUUGCAAUCGCUUCGUUUAUUCCUGGGGCCUCUGUGCCGUCUGAUUUUGUCUCGCUAUAUCUAAAGCAAAUUUCUCAGUUAUACGAUACCAAUCCUCGCGUACAGUCCUACUAUAAACUUAUAUGCCGUAUUGCAGACAGCUGCCACACAGUGGCGACGCUCAAUCAGUCAGCGCAGACGUCUCGUUAUAUGCUUGCGUAUAUAUUCUUUCAGUAUUUCCUGGUUCAAGUUUGUGGUGAGAAAUACCAUCUCAUUACAACUACCAUCAGCGAACUAUGUAUGGAGCAAAUAUGCAAGCAGACUAGUGUUGCAUUCUGUCUAUUUUCGUCUGCCUACCUGCCGUCCCUAAUUAUAAACUUGUAUCUACCACUAUCACGCACGGCACUGUCAAAAGAGUUGGCCCUAUUGUGUGUUGAAAGCAGGACACCGGUUAUGAUGAGCUAUCCCCGACUAUCUGUAGAAGACUUUGUUACCGUAACAGGUGCCCUAGCCAUCUUAUCUUGCGUCGACAGCACUAUAGCGUCGGCGCUAGCGUACCAUGCAUCACCGAAAGACCUCUCUUUAUCAGAUGCCACCUUGCAUGAUGCAUUAGUUGUUGCAAUUCUAUUUUUAACCGUUCUUUAUGCCGAUACUGAGGCAUUAGCGGGUGCAAAAACCUUAAAGAAAGUUGAGCUAGUGACGUCUUCCAUCAAGGCAAUAAAGGAAUUAGUAGCAUUGCCCAUUUUCGCUAAUGUCAAGCCGCAUAAGCUCUUUUCCGAAGGGAUUGAAUCGUAUAAUGGAGCGACUGCACACAUAUUUAGACUACUAUCGGUCAUAUUUAUCCUUAUGACAGCCCUUUUCUCGUUCAGCAGGGACGUACUACAUAGAGUUCAGUUACUCCACACCCUUGUGAGCAGCAAGAAGAAGGGAUCCGCGCCAGCAGAGAUGCCGAUUAGCAUCUUUGCUAAUCUCUCCAACUAUACUGGCUUUCUCUUCAGAAUAACAUCACUUUGUCACAUGAAGCCUUUGCUGGGCUCCAUAUGCUACAGGGAGGCAUAUAUUGAUGACGAGCCUAAAGCUCCAGAUGUGGUUGCUUUGUGGAACAGGCUAAAGGUCAUGUAUUUGCAGGUGAUAAUAUAUGGUAUCCAUACCCCCGUUAUCCUAGAGUCAUUACUUGACUAUUUUGGGAUCUUCUUUUACGCUGUAUCCACUCUGGUCCCAGGCUUUCUUUAUACACAGCUUGCCGUCGAUAUGUUCCUAACGUUGGAAGAGGUUAUUGACACUGAUCAAAACAACAGUAUCUUUACUAUAUAUUGGCUAGGAUAUAUUAGAUUGCUCUUGGAGCAUAGUGGCGAGACCCUGACUCAACUGAUCGAGCUGAUUAUCGAUGGACGGAGGAUAUCAGAGGAAACAAAACGCGUAGCCAGGCUUCUGGUUUCUAUCUACCGAAAGGAGAAUGAAAUGCGGCACACUCAAUUAUAUUCGUCUGUGGAUUCCCAACUUCAUGACGUGGAUGAUCCUGCUGCUGUGCUUGCCUUACUUGAACUGCUCGUUGAUGCUUCACAUACACCAUGCGAAUUUUUGUGGCGAGUCUUGAUUCCCCUGGUCAUACACGUCCUCAAUGGGCUGUUUGUGAGGUCCUAUCUAUCUCUCCUAAUAACUCUUUUGCCCCAUGGAGCUAACCUCUUUGACCAGCGAGGCAUGCUACAGAUUAGAGGUGGAGGGACCCCGUUAGCGCAUCUACUCUUGUAUAUUAAAGCCUACCAAGGAAGGAUUGAAAAUACAAAGCUUAAGCAAUCUGCCGAACAAGUUUUAAAGACCUAUGGCACACUUUUAGACUAUCGGACUCUGAAUCCUAGUAAUGGGCCAAGAGACAGCCAAAAGGGACCAGAAGGUAAAGUCACAAGGGGUUCAUGUGGGUAUUUCACUGACUUUAUUACUCGUGUUAUUGAAGGAGGCGACCUUUAUGCUGCAUCGUGCAUCACAGAACUCAACGAAUACUUCUCCACGCUAGGCGAGGACCAAAAGACCGUCUAUAUUUCUAGCAAGAUCUAUCAAAGGAUGCAGUCAUUUGUCGAACUUUUGCCAAUAGUUAUAAGGGACACAGAAAAGAGGCACCUACUGAACACAUCCCUUGUAAUCACCAACGCAAGCUCAUUUUUUGCUAUCUUUAUUGAUUUGUUUCUUAAAUUGUUGCAGAAAGGUGUGACGCAAAAGAACAUAAAAUUGGCACCUGAAGCACAAAAGCACAUGGCUCAUGUGUCUGAUCUGUGGGCUAUUGUUGAGCCAUAUAUAAAUGUGUCCCAGGCCAUCGGGGCAGCCUUUUACGAUGCACUGCUGUCAUUACUGUUAGAAUAUUCUGAUCUCAGCCUUCUAAUUGAUGGCAUCGGCAGAUUCCUUGCAUUGUUUUUUGCGGCACUGAUAACAGAUCAUUGCAAACUUGUUGAGCAUAUUGAGUCCCAUUUUAUAAGUUCGCUUUACGUUACUUCUGUGGAAACUCUUUACAGUACCAUUCCGUCUUCUGAUAGAUUAACUAAUAGCAAUGAAAAAGACUGUUUAGCUGAGCUAGAACAGGACGAGCCAUCUAUGCGAGACACUUUGAUUGGAGAUGUGUUAGACUUGCGAAGGUUCGUCGCUAUGAAACAGAUCAUUGAGUUAGUCGCCUUCCAACCGUAUAGAUUCUCCAAGAACUCAAUGGAAUUAUUGCAUCAAAUAAGGAUUUCAGACGAGGCCAUAGAGUUAGACGUAAUCAGCUCCUUCCUCAUAAAGACACAUUUUCGCAAGUAUUUUGAAGAGCAGGAGGCAGCAUCCUCUUGGCAGACACUUGUCGCUGAGCUAUCGCCAGAGGUGGAUAGAACUCUUUACAUGAGCAGAUUAGACUCUUCAUUUGAAGACAGCAUGUCAUUAACACGUACAGCUCCAAAAACAGCCCAGAAGCCUAGUGUGGACUAUCUAACGUUUUUGUCGGGACACUCAAUGUUAGUCGGCAAUCCUCUCAGAGCCAUUAUGAUAGCUGGUGUGUAUUGGGCAGCCAACGAAGUUACCUAUAAGGGGGUAUUUGUGGAUAUUCUGCAAUACAUUUCACGCUCAUACGCAACAGUGUUUUCCAUCUGCUUCUUGAAGGUAUUUAGGCCUGAUGCCUUUUUCUCUAUUCUUACCUUAUUGGCAGAAGGUGCUACAGACCAUUUGUCCACUAUCGCUACCGAAAGAAAAAAUGCAGUUAUGGUUCUACGCACUGGGGUAAUCAACAAAUUGAUAGCUGGGUCAGCAGAGCAACAGAAACUUAUCUACAACCAGGACAUCAACGACACAUCAAGUAACGCUCAGCUUGUCGACCGGUUCUACGGCAUAAGCUAUACCUUGCUGGGAUCUCUGUAUGCAGCAGUAUCCAGCUAUCCUCUACACGACUCCUUUUCCAUACCUCAAUGGCGGCUGCACAACAAUGUGAUUAAUGGAGUUCCAGAGUCGCACACUUCUUGCGGGACGACUGCAACAUCUAUAGUAACUAUCAGAAAUCUUUUGCAUCAGUAUAGUAAUAUGUUACUUAGGGUAUCAAUGUGGACAGAGCUAACGCAGUUCCUGAGAGAGCAAGACUUUUUCGAUCAAAUGCUCUUGGCACUGGACCAAUUUCCUGCCAACACACAUGCUCACUUCAUAGCGCAACUGCGUAGGCACAAAUCACUUUUAUUCCAGCAUAAUUGCCAAUUUCUGUAUAAGCAGAUACUGAACUUGGCAUGUGCUCGAUACCGGGAGUGCCGCUACACCGACUUAUCUGUGAGAUUGCUAGUUCACGAAUUCAUUGAUAAUAAUUUAUUCGACUUUGCUGAGGAUACGCAGAGCUUCAUAAUUGAGGCCAUGUUUGGAGAACUGAUGGUAGACCUUGACGGCAUAGAAGGAAAAAACUCAUCCAUAGUCUCUAUGAGCACGCGGUGCAGUUUUGUUGGUAACAUGUACAGCGCACUUGCGACAUAUACCUUUAUUUUAGCAAUUAUUCAUCGUAUGUUAUUCAGAAGACCGUUAGGCGGCCCAGACUCGUUUAGCAAAGCAGAUUGUUGGUCUAGAUUCUAUCAGAAAUGCCUGGUAACCGCCCUGUCUGCAUGGAUGCUCGUUGUGUGCUCCCUUACAAAACUCCUGGCUUACAAUGCACAGCUCCUAAUGGACAGCAAUGAAAAGAACAAAGUAUCGGUCUCUUUCUUAACAAGCUCUCUAUUAUAUUUUGCUCCAGCAACUGACUUUUGUCUUUGCAUGGACAAACAUCAAAAAGUGGCUGGUACAAUUAUAGAGUUGAUAGAGGGUACAAUUGGCUCAGGUGCUGGUGCUGCAUCAGACGAACAAAAGGGCAUUCCAGGUGUAGAAGCUCACGUGCUGAAUUUCUUACUAGCACUAGGCCUUGAUACACUGAUCACAGAGGCAAAUGAAAAGCUUACAGAGAUAAUAGAGGGCUCCCCGGCUAUCUUGCUUCAGAAUCAGUUCCAUAAUAUUUGUAGCAUGGUGAUCCGUCUUUGCGAUACUAAGAUUAAUCUCAUUGCUGUAGAAUACUCGUCUAUGUCCGUAGAUGUGAUGAAAAACCACAUUCUUAACGUAAUUGCUAAGAAGCUGAUACCAUAUUCCGCUCACUUUGACAUUGCAAUCCGCCAGUUCGGGGUGCAUAUGAAUAGGGACUAUAGCUUGGAAGAAGAAGCCCUACGCCAUCCAGUCUUUAACUCCCUCAUAAAAAGAAUCUUUGCAGUACUAGAAGCCCAUGAGGUAUACAACCCGGCGUACACACGGUACAUCAUCUUCUCAACCACAAUGACGAAUGUGUUAAAAUACAUGCAACUGGAGUAUGCAAAGAAAAGCCUGAACACAUCUAAGGAGUGUCUCUUACCCCAUAUAAUCUCAGGAUCCUUUUUCCUAAUUCCCACCUUGGAAGCAAUCUCUUCCCUUAGGGAGUUUGAGUAUAGCAUGACUACGGAUAAACGAUCUCCACACCAGAUUGAUAAUCAUACCGAGUGUGUCAGCGUACUGGAGCACUAUUAUGAAUACUAUAGCAGUAGAUACGCAGCGAGUUACGUUACAAUGGUGAGACAUUUUUCUAGCAAAAGAGCACCUCUUUUAUUCAGAAUGUCGCGAACUAAGAAUGAUCACGGAACAAGGCUCAUCUUAAAGUGUGGAGAGGAUACAGUGGCAGACUAUGCCGUUAUGCAGUUCACGGAGGAGCUGGCGAAAUGUAGUGUUAACACCUUCUUUAAGCCAUACUUUGUAGCUGUACUAAUCAAUAUUCCAAAGAAUCAGGUCAGUAUUAUCGAGCAUAUCGACGGCAAUGUCGUGCCAAUUGAUGAGUUGUUGACUCCUGUGUUCAUGGGUGCCAAAACCAAAGCAGCAGAAUUCAUAAAUGAGCAGGAGCCCAACGAAGACGGAUGCUUCCCCACUUUUGAUCUUUUUAUGGCAUCCGUCACUGCACUGUCCCAUAUGGAGAUGGCCUUGUCUAAGACCCACCCAUGUAGGUUUAUAGCACUUUCGCAAAAGAAUCAGCGAAUGUUUGCCACAACUCUUGCGCACUGGUGUGCAGUAUGCAUCGUAACGGGGCUUGGAGAUAGACAUUCGUGCAACAUCCUUAUAGACACAGACGACGGGUCUGUGCACUUUAUAGACUUUGAGGCAGUGUUUGAGUACCCAAAGCUGCUAUCGUAUGCUGAGUUAGUGCCUUUCCGCCUGACAGCACUGAUCGCACAGCUUCUUGGCCCAACAGGGAUCCACGGGUGCUUCUAUUGGGAACUUGUGAAGAUGGUCUCACUAAUUCAAGAAAAUGCACCGGCAUUCAUUAAUGUCUUUUACCCUCUUGCCAUUGUUCGGGCUUCUCUGGGAUAUGUUCGUCAGGUUAAAGAGAUGUUGGAGACUCAGCGGGCAGAAGAGAUAGUCAAUGCAGCCCUUGCCCAAGCAGCGGACUCAUCGCGCCUGAGCUGUAUGUUCGGGGGUUGGAUGGCUUUUUUGUAG